AUGAUCCCCCUUGGAGGUGAUGGCCCAACGGCGUUAGCUAUAAUGUGGGCACUGGCGGCCAUCACAUUGAGCUUCGCCAUUCUGCGUCUUAUCACAAGACAGUUCAUCAUCCAACAGCUCGGCAAUGACGACUUUGUCUACACGCUUGCUGCGAUCUUCUUUCUACUUUACGUCGUCUUCCUUCAGGUGUCUCUGAGAUACGGUUUCGGGCAGUCUAUUUCUGACAUCAUGUCUGCAGGCUCUUUGCAAGAUGUGGCCGACGCAAUCUAUUGGGAAAUGAUCGGACAGACCUUUGCUGUACUUGGAAUGGCCAUUUCCAAGAUCUCUCUUGGGCUGUUCCUGUUGCGCAUCUUCACGCAGAUAUGGCAUCGAGUCGUCAUAUGGGCAGCAAUAAUCGGCCUUAUGCUUGUCUCGGUUGCGACGGCUGUCUUGUUCUGGGUUCAGUGCGUGCCUGUCAGGGCCAUCUACGACGUCCGACUCCGGCCCACUGCCAGCUGCGAUAUACAGAUUACUCCUUUCGCAGUCACGCUGGGUGUCUGUUGCAUCAUCGCGGACUUCUUCUUUGCCAUCUUCCCCCUUGCGUUGAUAUGGGGCUUGAAUAUGAAGCGAGAGAAGAAAGCUGUCAUCGCCGCCAGUAUGAGCCUUGGUAUUAUGUAG